AUGCAAUUCCCAAACACUCAAGUCGUUUUCAAGACCAUCCCAGUUAUAACUGCCAGCCAGACUCCAGCUAUUCCCAAGACUCUUUUCCUUGUUCAAUGGGAAACGAUUUUAAUGCAUGGAAAGGAAGUAUUUGACCUGGCCUAUGGAUGUCCAAGUGAUUCCAACUCGGACCUACCCAUGACUUCUUCUUCAAGUGAUCAGCCCAUGGGUAGUGCCACUGCUAAAUGGAAUUACCGAAACCGGUCAGUUUCUGCUCCCAUUCCAGAUAAACCCAAAUUCCUGCUUCCCAAUUUAAAACCAGCAUCACCCAUACUCAAUCAUGACAAUGCUGAACCCAUUUUUGAAUUCACCCCACAUACUCAAGUAGGAGUAUCCCCCGCAUUUUCUGCUUUACUUAAAGAAAAGAUGCGGAGUGAUUAUAAUCAGGGAUAUCCGAAAGGGAAUCCGACCUGGAUAGAACCUGGAAGACGACCCGGGACUGUCUCAAUCCAGUCCAAGAUGAAAUGGAUCCCUGAGCAAAUCCGCGUUGAUUAG